AUGUCCGGGCCGUUGUGCAGUUCGAGCUCGCGCCCGGCCUACCAGUCAUUCGCUCAGGGUGCUGCAGCGGCGACCGCCGAAAGUUCGCUUCUGGCCCUUCAAGCACAACAGCAUCCGGCGUCGAAGGAUGUCUCCCGUCCGACUUUGAUCGGAGGCGACCCUCGCCCCGCCGCUCCCAUCUUUGAAUCUGGGCCAGUGGCCAGCGUUUCGGCUCGGCCGAUUGCCGCUGAUCUCGCCGUCGAGUCCUUUGCGGAGCGCUUGAACCUCGGAGAAGCCAAUUCGCAAGCCCAUUCGGCCCCCGCUGAGCUUCUCACCUCGAAGACCGCCCCGGAGCUCCUGGGCCCCGUUGACCCUCGGUACCAGAUCCCCCCCCAGCACUUGGCCGCCCUCGUUCCUGGCCCUCAUCACGCGUCUCAACUGCCACUGGCCAUCGGAUCGUCCGUGCCCCCGGAGCUUCUCCAGACCCAUCUCCGCAUGCUUCAGGCACACCAGGCCCAGGAGGCGGCCAUGGCCCGAUACCUCGAGGUCCCGGCAAACCCCGCCGAUAUCACGACUCUCCUUCAUGGGCCAGACUCUGAGGUAAUGGACGAGGACGAUUUUGAUCCCCGAGUUUUCGACGCCGAGCUCGACGGAGCCUUCCACAUGAUAAACAAUGCCCACCUCGGUGAGGACAGCGACUCGCAAUCGGUCACCGAUUGGGAUGCUUUCGGGGAAGAUCUCGACCCCGAGAUCUACGGCCAAAUGUUCUCCAUGGAUGGACUCGCGGCGCUUGCCGGUGGGCGGCCACUCGAGUCGUUGCAGCCCACCGCACCGACCCUUGACUCGACAUCCAUCUUCUCCGAGCCUCCAAACAGCUAUCUCUUCGAUUCACGCAACCCAUUCCUCGAGGAGGGGGCUCAUCAGGCUGAAACUGCGCGUGGGGCCUACCAGCGAGCUUUGCAGUUGAAGCGCGAGGGGAAUCUCAGUGAUGCCACACUGGCCUUCGAAGCGGCGGUGUCCCUGCUGCGUCGGGAGAUGGAGCAGACGAACGAUCAUUCAGCCAGCUCAACCAUCCGCCUGGCCUGGUACUGGACGAGCCUCGGCAUCUGUCAUGCCGACAAUGAGAAGGACCAGCCGUCACGCAGUGCGCUUGAAAUUGCCUCCACCUUCGUUUGUCAAUCGCCGCUCGUCAAUUCGGUCCCGGAGCAGUCGAGCAUCCCCAUCGGCUGGGCGCUCGCGGGGCUGCCUCUCAUCAUCUCCUAUGUAAACAGCGACAGCUUUGACCUCGCGUACAUGGCCUCCACCAAAUGGGCCACAGCCCGUUAUGGCAUCAACCUGCAGAAAGACAACAGCGCCGCCAGUGACUCCCCCCUGCCGACUCUUCCUCCCGGGCUUAUUGCCUCGAAGGAGGUCCUUCAAAACCUGGGCCGUGUCAUCUCCGGCGUGGCCGGCCUCAUGGACGAUGCGUCGCCCGAUCUGAGCAAGCAAUAUCUCCAGCGCCUGGUCACCCCGGAGGACAUGGGCGAUCUCGAGGAGCACUGGUCGUCAUCGGCCGAUUCCAGCAUUGUCGAGGCCAUGGCCGCGCUUUGCCACUUGAUCGGGGACUUCUCCUCGGCAGUCACCUACUUCACUCGAGCGAUCGAGCUUUCUCCGACAAAGGUCCGUAAUCUCUGUCUGUCUGUCUGUCUGUCUCUCUUUCUCUCUUGCUCCUCUUCCUUCGCCAACACAUACUGA